GUUUCAACAUUAGAGGAGGUACGACAGCUUCGUCUCCAGGACGUGCACCGCUUUGUAAGGCAACGUACUCCUUCCACCGACGAUUCCUCUACUGGUGUGGAGAGGUCUUCAUCCUAUGUGUACCACAACAGUCAUGUUGGGCAAAAUGUUGAGAAAUAUCUCGAAGUCGAAGAUCU